GAGAGACUAACUGUGUUCUGCCUCCAACACCAGCUUCUGUCCAUUUUUGAGCAUCUUCAAAGCUGCAAAGACUAUCCUACUACCAUCUGGCAUCAUGAGAAUCCUUUUCUUCCUUGUUGCCGUUCUCUUCUUCCUCUUCCAGGCUGCUCCAGCUUACAGCCAGGUAGAUGCUGACACCAUAGCAUGCCGACAAAACCGAGGCUUCUGCUCAUUUGUUGAAUGCUCUGCUCCUAUGGUUAACACUGGGACCUGUCACAGUGGGAAGCUGAAAUGCUGCAAAUGGACACCCAGUUCCUAAAACUGAUACCUCACUGACCACAUAGACAUCUGGGCAUCCGAGACAUGUCUCAUCCUUUGACAUCAAUGGAUCCCAGUCUCGGUGCAAUCCUGGAGAGCCUUUCCCAUGAGGGUGAAGUCCCUUAGGAGCAAAGAAGGUCUGAGGAGUUUUUGUAACCCAAUAAAGAGAUUUGCAGCUUCAAUUCAAAUAAAAGCAAGUCACUUUGAAACCAUAUUGCUGGUAUUUGCUCA